AUGAUUGCAAAAGCUAUGGCAACUCCUUGCGGCGAAUAUCGAAAAGAGAUCCAAAAAUGUAACGCUCAAACAGGAAGCCAAAUGGUGAACCAAUGUUCUAUGUCCACGAUACAAAAUCAAACUACCUCAACGGCACCGAUGCGACCUAGAUCUCUUUACACGGCACAUAGUUACCACACACAGGCAGAUGAAACCAAUUUUCAGCGAUACAGUGAAUUUUCCAAAUAUUUCGAAGCACCUCCUUCAGAACAAUGGGGCGGAUUGGGUGGUGCAACGCCUUAUUCUAAUUCGACAGGACUCUGGCGACAACCACGUAACUGUAAAACUAUAUCGCCAUACUACGAGGAAACGUGUGUUUUUGCGGAAAAUUGGCGAGAACAUGAUACCGAUGCUGCGAUCGUUACUACACCACAUGGUAUAAUUUCCUUAAGACUUCGCAACAGGAUCCGAGUCGACAUGACGAUCGAUCGUGCAGUUAGAGUAAUAAAUUUUAAGAAUAAUAUUGUACUAUCGUUGAGUGGUUCUGGAGCAGCUGCAGCAUUGUUACAUCCAAAUGGAAGAAUAUAUCAGUAUGGUUCACGGGUUGAAAUCUUAGCUCACGACGCCCACGGCAAUAAUAAAUAUGCAAAAAUGUGGUAUAAAGGAGUCAGCUUCACUUCCGAGCAGUGCGCUCUUGUUUAUUUAGUUGAUACGGCAGGAACGAGAACAACUACCGACUCAUUCUCCGAUAUGAGCCAGGACUUUUCUUUAAGUGUUUUUUACUCUCGCUCUCGUCAUGGUCCAGCAUGUUUACAGGAAGCUGCUGCUGCUUUAAACGCUGCUCAAUAUUGGUUGACUAACGAGGGUGUGGAGAACUGGAUUGUUAAUAAUGUUCGAGUUUCUCAAACACCUGAUGGUCUUGUUAGGAUCGCACGUAACAGUAACAAGUAUCAAUUACGCACGUCACCUAGUAAUGGCACAGCUUCACUGACAACUCCAUUUUUACAUUGCACCGCAUCCCUGGGUCAGACAUCUCAUCUAUUUGUACGUCGAGGCGAACGGCGCAUGCAUUACGAUGGAACUAGUUUUAUCGUACGAAAUGCAGGUCACAGUGCUGGAUUUGACGACAAUAAUCAACUAAAAGUUUAUUAAUAAAUUCUAG